GCCGGCCAGGCCAGCGGGGGCGCUCAGGGCUCUUACGGGCCCACCAAGGCGUCUCUCCCGGGCCGGCACUGCCCGGCUCCCGCGUGGCACCGCGGGGCGGGUUGUGCCCACGGGAGUUGGAAGGUUGUGGAACCAGACUCGGAGCAACAGGGUGUGAUGCCUUUCCAACCCCUUGCCGUCCCGGAACAAAGUGUGAGAGAAACUCAGCUGGGCACAGCAGCGAUUUCCCUGGCUGUAAUGACUUCAAUCCAAGCCCUGGAGAGGAAGGUGGAGGCUCACACCACACGGUGGCUGAACCUGGAGGGGAGAACGGGGACGACUGAGAAGAAAUUAAUAGACUGUGAGAGGACAGUGGUGGAGUUUGGGAACCAGCUGGAGAGUAAGUGGGCCGUGCUGGAGACUCUGAUCCAGGAGAAUAAUCUGCUGCAGAGGAGGCUGGAGAACGUGGAGAACCUGCUGAAGAACAGGAACUUCUGGAUCCUGAGACUCCCCCCAGGCACUAAAGGGCUGGUCCCCCAGGUGCCGGUGACGUUCGAUGAUGUCUCAGUGUAUUUCAACGAGCAGGAGUGGGGGAGCUUAGAGGAAUGGCAGAAGGAGCUUUACAAGAAUGUGAUGAAGGGGAAUUAUGAGACUUUGAUCUCGCUGGAUUAUGCCAUUUCCAAGCCUGACAUCUUAGCCCGGAUUGAACAAGGGGAAGAGCCAUGUAUCCGGGAUCAGCAGGACUCAGAGAGAGUAGAAAUCCCUGUGGAGCCUUGCACAGGCCCGGAAUCCCCCAGGUUGACAAGUGACGCUCUGUCAAAGAUCAAACAGGAGGAGGAGCCACAUGUGCAGGAUCAAGGUGCCUUGGAAGAAAGUAAAAUCCCAACAGACCCACCACACUGCAGCCCAGAUGUUCCUCAUGGCUUCCUAUCAGUCCUAACCAACUGCAGGCAGUUAAUCCCUCCCAUCACCCGUCCUUCCUCCGAGUGUUCGGAGGAGUCAGUGAAGCAGAGCCGGUCUCCUCCUCUUCCCUCUGACGAAGUUCUCUGGGGCAGCCGGGGCAGAGUCUGCCAGCAGCGUCGUUCCCUGUCUGCAAUGAGAGAGCUUUGGAACGUGGCUCUUACAGUUCAUGUGGGGUUGAAACUCAUCACUUCAGCUGAUGAUGAGGGGAUUGUGAUCAAAACCGAGGUGCAGCAAGUGGAGGAUGUGCCAGGGAUGUCGCUGGAGAGAGCAAAAGAGGAAGCUGUCCUGGGAUCCUGGGAGCGUGUCCAGGACCCUGGGGAGGAACUUUCUGAAAACCUGCAGGUGCCGGGGACGAUGUUGGGAGGAUUUGAAGAGGAGGAUUUCCAGGAUCCUGGGGAAGUAACAGCCCAGGAGGUUGCAUGCAGCUCAGUAACACAGCAGAGAAGCCACGCAGAGAGCAGGACAGUGACCUCCGCUCACCAGGAUGUGCCCCUGAUCCACCACCAGAGAAAGAGCACUCGAGAGAGACUGUUUGAGUGUACAGUGUGUGGGAAGAGCUUCAGGCUGAAGAUAAAUCUCAUCAUCCACCAGAAGGGCCACGCAGACGAGCUGCUGUACGAGUGCACACGCUGUGGGGAAAGUUUCAGAGCCAAGCAGAAAUUUCUGCUGCAUCUGCGACACCAGACAGCUGCGGGGGCCUGCACGCUCUCUGCUCCUCAGGAACGUUCAGGCCAAGCGGCUCCCCCUGAGUCCCAGCCCCGAAGCCAGACAGAAGACAGUUCCAGCGGUAUCACCAAACGGCUCACGAGGCUGGGUCACAAAUCGAGUCUGAGCAAAUUCCAGCCGCCUCCUGUGCAAAGGACGUACACGUGCAGGGAGUGCAUGGAGCACUUCUCUAAGAGUAGUUGCCUCGUCGUGCACAAAAGGAUGCAUGCCGACCGCAGCAAGGGGUCACUCAUACUGUGUCCAUACUGCAGCAAGACCUUCACCUGUCCCUCUGACCUCAUCCGGCACCAGAGGAUCCACACCGGGGAGCGGCCCUACCAGUGUGCCCAGUGUCACAAAACCUUCAACCGGCACCACCACCUUACGGACCACCAGAAAGUCCACACGAAGAGAGAGAGGCCCUAUCAAUGCAGCGAGUGCGGGAACACCUACAUCCGCAGGCAGCACCUCCUCAAGCACAAACGCAGCCACAGGAAGAAGAAAUCAUAACAGGCGAGAGAGCCGGUCUGCAGAAACACUGAGGGGUCAGCGGGGCAAUCUGCAGGAGGGAGACGCUGAAUGGCUCAACGGCUUCCAGUGUGAAUAGCUGCCUCUGGCCUGCCCACGCUCAAAGCCAGCCAAGCUGGGGGGCUGCGCAGGUGUAGCCAAGGGGAGGAUUGGUCUUUGAUUUUUAAUGAGCUACGGCCAAUUCACCUGGGAGACUAGGGUGUCUGUUGAUUUCACCUUAUCCUGCGAAGGCAAUAAAGGCCAAGCCCUGGUGCGUCAGUGCCGAUGGUAAACCCAGGCGUGACAAUCCAGGCAGAUUUGUUCCUGGAUAAGAGGUUACAAUAAAGUGACUGCACUGCAGCAGGACGUCACGAUCGCAGGAGCAUGAACUGGCAGCAAAUGAAUAUUGAAGUGAAAAGCUCCGGUUUUAAUGGGACAAUACAAAUGGAUGGAGCGUGGCGGGUGGCUUGCAGCAGCGGAUAAGUGACUCCUGUGUUUAGCAGUUAAUAUGUGUCAGUAUUUAAACAGAUUCCAAAGCCGGGUGGGCACAUUGGGGUCACCUGGUCUGACUGCCUGUAUAACACACACCACGUGACUUCGGCUGAAAUAGAGCAACACUUCUUUUUUUUUUUUUUACAAAAUAGCCCCAUCUUGAUUUAAAAUUGUUAAUCACCUGGGAACCUGGGGCUCCACCUUCGGCGGCAGGGCUGGGCUGAGAGGGGAGGGCUCUGCUAUCACUGUGUUACUCACGCGCUGUGAAGCCAGGUGCUAGUUUGCCGGUGCAGGGUCCUAGCCCAUGUGUGCUGCCAGGGCUGUGUGUGGUAAAAGCCGCCAGGGUGGGGGUGGGGCAAGAGGAAAGGAGAGACGUAGAGGAGGGAAGAUGACUGACGAUAGCAAAGAGCAGGGCUGUGUAGAGAUGCGACAAAAGGGGCCAGGCUGGAGGUUCAUAAAACAAGGAAGGGGCAGGAGCAGGUGCCUUGGGUGUACCUGGUCACCCUGAUGGAAGAACAGGGAGCUGCUAAGGGAAAGGCAGAGGCAGCCUCUGGGCAAGGGAAACGUUCCUUUACAAAGCAAUUAGCCCGCGGGACCCCGCGCCACAAGAGCGCUCUGGCGGGGAGGAGGCAUUAGGAUGCAGCGCAGCAGGCAGCCUGUCUCUCAUUUCUGGUUUCCUGGCCCAGGUGUGAGUUCCGGGGAGGCGGCGUUGGCUGGUGAGGGCAGGGGUAGAUUUGGGGAGACAGAAUGAGGGAGCUGCCCUGGCCCCGGAUACAGCCCUGCAGCCCCCGGUUCCCCUUGCUGCCCUGGUACUGACUGGAUUCCCCCGCCCCUGAAGGUGCCAGGAACAGGCUCCGGCCCUGCUGCGCAGCCACCCGCCCUGCCUUGGCCCUGGCCCCGUCCCCAUCAGGCACCACCUGCGCUGCUGGGUCCCAGCGACCUCCUGCCAGGAGGGGCUGCUAGUGUUCUGCUCCCGGGCCCUGGGAGCCAGGGUUCACCUUCAGUAUACUUCUGUGCUAGUGCGAUCUCUGACCAUUACAGUUCAUGAGCUCAGCAGGCAGGCACAGGCAGCAAUGCACUUGUCCUGUUGCCUUGACUGAGAGAGGUUUCUGAUCAAAGGGAGGGUAGAUUUCAGCCAGCUCCUGGGGUAAUAUCUCAUUGGAGAUGAAAGGGCUUGUUCAGAGAGAGAUUCCGAAAUCUGUAGAGUGAAGAUGAGCCAGAUGGGUUUGUCUCCAUGCAGCCAUAUUUUAUUCUCUGGGGGCUCAAUAGCUACUGGGACUAGAUAUCAAGAUGAAUUCCUACUUCUUUCAUCCCAGGAAACAUAGCACAAAAAUUGGGUUGAACCAUUAGUGAUGAUGCUGAAGAAGUUGAAAUCAAAUCUGUAUUGGUUCAUCGUAUGUUAUUCCAGUCUGUUCAAAUUCUCUAUUCUGCCCUGGUCACAUGGCAGCCCCAUUGCUGGUAGUGCCUCACUCCACUCAGCUGUCGGGGUUUUAUAAGCCAGGCAUCGGUAAAAGCUCUGUGGAGGUUGAUGGACUCCAAAAGUUGUUGUUGUAGAGAUGUAAGAAUCAAAUCCGUGUACUUUACUUUUUCAGCUGGCUUAACAAACACUUCUUGUCUUCCUCACUUAAGGAGUCAAUAUAAGCGCCCUAAUUAGCCUUUUCACAUAGUUUGUCAGCAUUGGCUUUGCUGAUCAGUCUGGCAAACCAAGCCCCUCCCCUUUUACUAUAUAAAGCCAUGAUACGCCCACAUCUUGAAUACUGGGUGCA